AUGAGUAAGAAGCAACAAGUCAUGGAGAUCCCUCCACGUUGUGUCCUCCUAGCCAAUAUCUGUUCUACAGGCUGUAUCAAGCAGAUAAACAAAUUAUUUGAGAAAAUCGACCGCAAGCAUGCUACCCGUACCACCAUUGAUCCACAACUAGAUAAAGGAAACGCAGUUGUGAUCGUGACGGGCAACAUCGAUACGGCCAUACUCUUCAAGAAGCUUAAAACGAUUAACAAAAUUCCAAAGCUUAUAGAAGCAGUUCACGAGGACAAAGAUUGGAGUUCAAACUCUACCGACGUCAAACCACCUAAUCCCAGUAACAACAACAAUGAUAACAAAGACGUAGCGCCUGUGAUUGAGAAAAAGCCGAAGAAGAAUGAAGGCAGUGAAAAAAAGGAAGAGAAGAAUAAAGGCAAAGAAAUUGAAGAGAGAAAAAACAAGGUCCAAGAGGAGCAACGGGCACCUGUGGGCACCAUGCAUAAUCAUCUGCCGGGUCCGGUGGGUGGUGAGACGACAUAUGGUUCAGAAGAGGCAAAGAUGCAUGGUAGAUUUGGCUACCCUCCUCCCCGACAACACUACAGUUCUAUCUUUGACGAAGAGAACCCUAAUGGUUGCAGCAUGAUGUGA